AAACAAUCAUGGACUCUGGCGGUUCUGUGUUUCAGGGAUCUGAGUGAAAAUGCCAUCCAGGCCAUCCCACGGCGAGCGUUCAGAGGAGCCACAGACAUCAAAAACCUUCAGCUGGAUAAAAACCACAUCACCUGUAUUGAGGAGGGAGCGUUCAGAGCUCUGCGGUCCCUGGAAGUGCUCACGAUGAACAACAACAACAUCAGCAGCAUCCCAGUCUCCAGUUUCAACCACAUGCCCAAACUGCGAACCUUCCGGCUCCACUCCAACGCGCUGCGCUGUGACUGUCACCUGGCCUGGCUGUCGCCAUGGCUACGGCAGCGGUCUGCGCUGGGCCUCUACACGCAGUGCAGUUCCCCUCCGGCUCUGCGGGGGCUCAACCUCGCAGAGCUGCGCAAGAGUGACUUCGCCUGCUCAGGCCACAGCGGCAGCGCCUUCGUUCAGCCGUGCAGUUUGGCGUCCGGUUCUUGUCCUCCGAUGUGUUCCUGCAGCAACAACAUUGUGAACUGCAGAGGAAGGGGCCUCACUGCCAUACCUGCCCACCUGCCGGAGGCCAUGACGGAGAUUCGUCUGGAGCAGAACGGCAUCAAGUCAGUUCCUCCUGGUGCGUUCACCUCCUACAAGAAGCUCCACCGCAUAGACCUGAGCAACAAUCAGAUAUCUGAGAUUGCUCCUGAUGCAUUUCAUGGCCUCCGAGCGCUCAAUUCACUGGUUCUGUAUGGGAAUAAAAUCACUGAGCUGCCCAGUGGAGUAUUCGAUGGCUUGGUUUCUCUGGAGCUGCUAUUGCUGAAUGCAAAUAAAAUCCACUGUAUCCGUGCAGCAGCGUUCAAAGACCUGGAAAACCUUGCCCUUCUUUCUCUGUACGACAAUAAGAUCCAAAGUCUGGCUAAGGGAACCUUUAGCUCACUGCACAGCAUCCAGACACUCCACCUGGCCCAGAACCCGUUUGUCUGUGACUGUCAUGUGAAGUGGCUGGCUGACUUCCUGGGUUCAAACCCCAUCGAGACCAGCGGAGCUCGCUGCGCCAGCCCUCGUCGGCUCGCCAACAAACGCAUCGCUCAGAUCAAGAGCCAUAAGUUCAGAUGCUCCGCCAAGGAGCAGUACCACAUCCCAGGCACUGAAGAUCGACGCCUGAGCUACGAUUGUAACAGUAAGCCUGUAUGUCCUGCUAAAUGUCGCUGUGAGGCCAAUGUGGUGGACUGCUCCAAUCUGCGCCUCACCAAGUUCCCAGAGCACCUGCUGCCCUCCACCGAAGAGCUGCGUCUUAACAACAAUGACCUGUCUAUGCUGGAGGCCACCGGCGCCUUCAAGGGUCUUUCUCAUCUAAAGAAAAUUAACCUGAGCAACAACAAGAUUUCGGAGAUCGAGGACGGUGCGUUUGAGGGCGCCUCGUCAGUGGGGGAACUUCACCUGACAGCCAACCACCUGGAGUCGGUGCGAGGGAGCAUGUUCAGAGGCAUGGAGGGGCUGCGCAUGCUGAUGCUGAGGAACAACAGGAUCAGCUGCAUCCAUAACAGCAGCUUCACAGGCCUGCCCAACGUCAGGCUGCUCUCCCUCUACGACAACCAGCUCACCACCAUCCUGCCUGGAGCCUUCGACACUCUGCCCAACCUCUCCACUCUAAACCUGCUGGCCAACCCCUUUACCUGCGACUGCCACCUGUCCUGGUUCGGGGCGUGGCUCCGGAGCCGCCGGAUCGUGACGGGGAACCCUCGGUGCCAGAGCCCGGCUUUCCUGCGAGGGAUUCCUCUGCAGGACGUAGCGGUCCCUGAUUUCCGCUGCGAGGAUGGUUCAGUGCUGGAGGACAGGAGCUGCGUAGCGGGGCCUCAGUGUCCCAGUCAGUGUUCCUGCAUGGACACAGUGGUUCGCUGCAGCAACAAACACCUGCAGGCUCUGCCCAGAGGAUUACCACGUAACAUCACCGAACUGUACCUGGAUGGAAACCAGUUCACCAGCGUUCCUAAGGAGUUAGCCACCUUCAAGUACCUGCAGCUUGUCGAUCUGAGCAACAAUAAAAUCAACUCGCUGUCCAAUGACUCCUUCUCCAACAUGAGCCAACUCACAACUCUAGUCAUUGUGCUCAGCGAGAGUUCACUUUGAAUGCUCAGAACCUUUUCUGGCCUAUAACUGUUUCUGUCUCUCAGCUCUCUCCAUGGCAAUGACAUCUCUGAGCUGCAGCAGGGAAUCUUCAGUGACCUGGCCUCCCUGUCUCACCUAGCAAUCGGAGCCAACCCUCUGUACUGUGACUGCCGGCUGCUCUGGCUGUCAGACUGGGUGAAGAGCGGCUAUAAGGAGCCGGGCAUCGCGCGCUGCGCCGGCCCCCGGGGCCUGGAGGGCAAGCUGCUGCUCACCACACCUGCUGACAAGUUCCAGUGUCUGGGUCCAGUGGACAUUUCUGUUCAGGCCAAAUGCACUCCAUGCGUUUCCUCCCCUUGCCAGAACCAGGGAACCUGCCAAAUCCACCAAUCCCAGCAGUACACCUGCGCCUGCAAGUCGGGUUUUACGGGUAAACACUGCGAGACUCCAGUCGAUGCUUGUGUCAGCAAUCCCUGCACCAAUGGAGGAAGCUGCCUGAGAGACGAGCAGACAGGAGGCUUCAGCUGCGCGUGUGCAUUUGGUUUCCAUGGCACAUUUUGCGAGGUCAACGUGGACGACUGCGAGGAUCACGGAUGUGACAAUGGCGCCACCUGUGUUGAUGGAGUCGGCAACUACACCUGCUUGUGUCCUCCUAACUACAGAGGACUGCUUUGUGAAGAGGAGGAUGAUGUUUGUUCUCCAGGUAGAAAUCCUUGUCAGCAUCAGUCCACCUGCAUCAGCAGUCCUACAGGCCCCAGGUGUGUGUGUAUCCCCGGCUGGGUGGGACCGGACUGCGGCAUCGACUACAACGAGUGCGCGGAUCACCGCUGUCAAAACUCAGCUCAGUGCAUCGACCAUCUGGAUGGUUACAGCUGCGUCUGCCCGCAGGGAUUCAGUGGUGAGUUUUGUGAGGUGACAGAUCUUCAGCAGACACCCUGCCAGAUGGCCAAGUGUCAGAAUGGCGCUCCCUGUAACGACAAGUUGGGGACCGCAAUCUGUCAGUGUCCGCCCGGCUUUGAGGGCCAGAGUUGCGAGAAGCUGGUUAGCGUCAACUUCGUGGACAGAGAUUCUUACGUCGAACUUCAGGAUGUGAAAAACUGGCCUCAGUCCAAUAUCACGUUGCAGGUGUCAACUGCAGAAGAUAAUGGCAUCUUGCUAUAUAAUGGAGAUCAUGAGCCGAUCGCUGUAGAGCUCCAUCAGGGUCAUGUAAGGGUCACCUAUGACCCUGGGAACCAGCCUGCCACCGCUAUUUACAGCUCUGAGACGGUAAACGAUGGUAAUUUCCACACGGUUGAGCUGGUGACCUUUAAUCAGAUGGUGAACCUGUCUGUGGAUGGAGGAGAGCCAACGACUCUGGACAGCCAAGGACGUGGCCAGCCGCUGACUGGAGAGACGCCUCUUUACGUGGGAGGUAUGCCUGAGGAGGUUAUACCGUCUUCUCGAGGCCUCUCCUCUCAGAGCCUCAACACGUCCAGUUUCCACGGCUGCAUCAGGAACCUCUACAUAAACCAUGAGCUGCAGGACUUUACCCGCAGCCAAAUGAAGCCAGGGGUUGUACCGGGCUGCCAACCCUGCCGCAAACUUUACUGCCUGCAUGGCAUAUGCCAACCCAACAGUGCACAGGGCCCCCAGUGCCACUGCCAGCCAGGUUGGACAGGCCAACACUGUGACCAGCCAAUCACUGUAGGCCUCAGUGGAGGCGACGUCGUCACCAUGGCGAAUGGUAUCAACCCAUGUGAGGGAAACAAGUGUGUGAAGGGCGCCUGCGUGGCGCUGGAUGCUCAGACCUACCGCUGUGAGUGUGAGAAGGGAUUCAGAGGAGCGCUGUGCCACCUGCAGGAGGAGCCCGCCGGCCCCUGCCAGAGGCUGCAGUGUCUCCACGGCCGCUGUCAAAAGACGGAGGACGGAGAGAGCUGUGUGUGCGACCAGGGAUACACUGGAGAGAGCUGCGCUACAGAGACCCCAUGUCGAGGUGAGCCGGUCAGAGACUACCACCGGCUGCAGCACGGCUCCGUUCUCUGCCAGACAUCAAAACCGUUCUCCUGGGUCGACUGUCGGGGUCACUGCCGGGCUGAAGCCGAGCGGGGAGCCGCUGCCGUUUCCUGCUGCGCCCCUCUGAGGGUCCGGCGGCGGAGGAUCACCUUCGAAUGCGACGACGGGACCUCGUUUACGCAGGAUGUGGAGAAGCCUGUGGAAUGUGGCUGCAAGGACUGUGUGUAACUCUGAGGAAGGGAAGAUGAACACUUUCCCACAGGUAGACCGUCUCAAACCAGAACCCAAAACCAGCAGGUAGACCGUCUCAAACCAGAACCCAAAACCAGGAGGUAGACCGUCUCAAACCAGAACCCAAAACCAGCAGGUAGUCCGUCUCAAUCCAGAACCCAAAACCAGCAGGUAGACCGUCUCAAACCAGAACCCAAAACCAGCAGGUAGACCGUCUCAAACCAGAACCCAAAACCAGCAGGUAGACCGUCCCAAACCAGAACCCAAAACCAGCAGGUAGACCGUCUCAAACCCAGAACCCAACGCCAGCAGGUAGACCGUCUCAAACCCAGAACCCAACGCCAGCAGGUAGACCGCUUGAAAUCAGAACCCAAAACCAGCAGGUAGACCGUCUCAAUCCAGAACCGAACCCGGCUCCAGGUACGAUCGCCACAGGAGGAAACUUGCUUUCUGUUUUUCGGUAUUUGCCUCACCAGCUGUUUUGAGACGUUUCUUCAUCGACAAGUCGACCUCGUCCUCCUCACCUGCAGAACCCCUUAGUGCAGAGGUGUCCAAAGUGUGGCCCACGGUUCAUUUGCAGUCCAUGUAGUGAUUUUUUGGCCCACGACUCCAAGAUGAUACAAUUGAUCCCUGUAGUACAGUGGAGUAUUGCUAAGCACAGGUGGUUGAGAUUUUUUAUUUUUAUUUCAAACCAGGACAAAAUUAUCCAGACAAAUUAAAAUCUUACAAUAGGAAAUGUUUGCUGCAACAAAAAGUAUUCAGUACUUUUAGAUUUUCGUAUUUUCUUGUGAAAACCAAAUUUAUUCAGCAGGUUUUCUUGCAUCUGGAUCUGCUUUUAAUGAAUUUAUUGGACAAAUAUUGCAUUUUUCAAUAAAAGUAACCUAAAACUUGC